AUGGCGCCAAACACGGUCCAUGUUGCCGUCCUAGACACUGAUACGCCAUGUCUGCGAGUCUACAAGACACGCGGUCUUUACAGUUCUCAAUUUCGGGCUCGUCUCCAGGGUGCUGCAGAGCGUUUAAACAAGGACCCAGACUGCCAGCUAAGGAAUGGGCCGCUUGCCGUCCACGUCACGGCCUUUGAUGCUGUGGGAAGGUCAUUGCCGCCUCUCGAGUCGUUGCGAGUCAGUCCACGAUCACCCAACAAGCCUCACACAGGCGGGCCCUUGGGCUUCUUGGGCGUGAUCGACGCAAUAAUGAUCACCGGCUCGAUGGUGGCCUCAGUGUACGAAGAUCAGCCCUGGAUUCAUGAGCUAGAGCUUUUCAUCCAGACGGUGCAUACGAAGUUCCCGCACGUCAAAGUCUUCGGAGCUUGUUUCGGCCACCAGAUCAUCGCUCAGGCCUUGCUCUCAGCCAAAUUCGCGCCCCCAUCCUCUACUUUCCACGUAGAGCACGCGCAGUCCGGAUACGAAAUAGGCAUUGAGCCGAUCACUCUAAACCCGUCAUUCACGAUGCAUUUUCCACCUCUUGCACGCGCCUCGUCGUCGCAGAACACAUUCCGCAUCCAGCUCAUCCACUACGACCAGGUGGUGCCUACACCCGAGGCACUGGCCGCGGCAGGAACAAGCUGCGAAGUGCCUCUACCGGCGCCAUGGAUGAAAAUUGGUAGCAGUGCGCAAUGCCCGAUCCAGGGUCUCUAUAGCCCCGGGAGAGUUCUUACUUUCCAGGGCCAUUUCGAGUUCGAUACCUUUGUCAACAGCGAGCUAUGUGAGGAGGUUGGCCGACAGGCUAACUGGCCGGCGCCGCUGGUCAAGUCUUAUGUAGAGCGUAUCUCGCGCUCCCUUGUCCCUGGCAAAGACGAUGAUGAUGACUCUAAGGCUGCGGCAGAGGCGGUGCUGUUAUUCAUUGCGGGCGAGGAUUGCCCAAAGACAGAGUGGUUUUUCCAGGACAGUGGUCUGAUUACGCCUCCGCUUGAAGAGCAUGUAGUAGGUUGGAAAGUAUAG